AUGACGGCACUGGAGAGUGGGUGGCUGCAGGCAAAGAACAAGGACUCUGCCGCGGAGGCGUACGCGGGCGGCCACGCGUGGCCGCACGCAGAGAUGACGCCUGCAGAGGAGGACGAGGAGGAGGACGAGGUGUUUUCGCGGUUGAACUCGCUCUCGGACAGCGAGGACGGCACUUUUGGGCUUUCGAAGGUCUUCUACGGCCCGGCGGCUGCCGGCGCGGUGCACGGCGCGCGGAACAUUACAUACGAACGAGGAUUUGAGCCGCAGUACGCGCUUGGACCGACCGAGGACCAGCGCCUUUCGCUGGACUGCGCAUUGUUCCAGACCUUUGCGGACGGUCCGUCAAGCGACACCCCUGCCAGCUCCACCCCUGCCAGCUCCACCCCCGCGUCUGUGGGCAGUGUCCCGUGGAAUGCAGGCAUCUUCGACGCGUGGUGCAGUUCGCUUGACUCGGUUGUAGCGGACAACUACGCGCCCGUGCCAGCGCCCGCGGCAGGCGCGGGCCGGGUAUACCAGCGCUCGCAGUCUGUGUGCACGGCCAUGCCCCCGGUCGAGUGCGCGCGAAUGACCGGGCCAGCCGUCGGCAUAUCGCCCUUGCAACGCGGCCUGAGCGCCGGGCGCGUGUUGAAGCGCGACAGCGCAGGCUCUGUGCGCCGCGGCUCGUGCUCGUCUCUCUACGGUAUUCCGGGCGCUCCUGCGUUUCCGCAUACCACUCACGGCACGCACCACCCUGCUGUGUACAAGUAUGUGGCGCAGGCACAGCUCUCCAUGCAGUGUAACACCACAAAAGUGGAGAUGGCAAACAAGUCGGAAUGGCUUCCAGUGUCGCCGAUGACGCCGGAAAGAUCGGCGCACAUUAUCGCUAAGCUCCAGGAAAAGAAUGUGCUCUUGGACACAGCGUAUGAAGUGUUCGAGCUCUUUCCGCGGCAAAAUUUCCUUUCACAGAAAUUGGAGCUUCUAGCGAUGGAGUUCGAGCCCCACUUCGCUAAAAACCGCACUGCAGAAGAGACCACAGCGCUUAUGUCCGAGGAUGCUGUUGCACUUAAUAAACACAUAUGGUUAAACCAGCGGGAGAAGCGCAGCGCAACGCAGUUGAAGCAGUUCCCGCGCUUCACUGUGCGCGAGGCGCCGGAUAACCGUGCGUGGCCAUACCAGAUCGAAGUCCGAACCUCAUCGGGUUACAACGACUUCACGGCACAGGAUGAGCGCGACUUGCAGCUCACGCACAUGGACUUCCUUCUCAUGCGGUUACGGCACAUGAAUCUCCUCCGGGAGUCGGACGACCGCAAGCGAAAGACUAAGUACUACGAGUUUAUUGAAGGUAAGAUGAAGCGACCGUUGAACAGUUUUAUGCUAUACCGGUCGGCGCUCAUGAAGGCGCUUUCGAUCUUGAAGGUGGCCAAGAUCGUGACCGACCUCGUGCGCGCAGUCAGCGAGGAAUUGCCGACGCUGGACGAGCGUGCGAUCUUGGGCCUUCUCGUAGAGACUGUCAAGUCUCGACGCGGCACCACAUACCUUGAGUCGCCUCACAUACCGCGGUUGUCCACCCUCAUCGACGAGCAUCUCUACAAGCAACAGGACGCACGCGUAUCUGGAAGCUUGAGCAUGGCAGGUAGGGAUCCCGCCCGUGUGCCGGUGGAUCCGAAAUUCAGCAAUCACACGGUGCUCGCGCAAGUGAUCACGCUGAUGUGGAACUCUGAAUCCACCGACUGCCGCGAGGGAUUCGUACUUUUUUCGAAAGUAGAAAAGAACCACCACCAUCUAGUCUACCCCAAAUACAAGUAUUGCCCUGUCAAGAAAUUGAAGCUGGAAGAAUUAGAGCGCAAUUUGAACAUAACUACCUUCACUCCGGAUCUCUUGGAUGGAUUUAAGAACCUACAUCCGGCGGAGUAG